UCAUCUAGGUCUGAGGGACCGCGGGAGAGACGAGGACCUGCUUCCUUCUCCUUCUCCUCCUCUGCUUCCCCCGACGUGAGAUGGCGCCACCGGGUCUCCUCUGUCAGUGGAUGCUCCUAGCGAAGCUACUGCUGGGGCUGGUGACGUUAGGCGUAGCACAGAAGGUGAUCAUGGUAUCGAAUCUGACGUGUUGGGUGUGCACGGUGGGGCAGCAUGGAGAAAACUGCCUGACUAUGAAUGAGACAAGCUUACUACCACAACAGACCUGCCCUGUCGAUCGCAAGUACUGCAAGGUGAAGAGGCGCUUCACGAACGACGUCGUCGACGCGUUCGAACGAGACUGCGCGGCGGAGUGCAAGCACGGCUGCAUCACGGCGGGGAACUCUAACCGCUACGUCAUCGGCGAGUGCACGACCUGCUGCAACAGCACGCUCUGCAACGUCGGCACCGGCGGCGCCGUGGGCCACCGGGUGGCGACACCGGCGCUCGUCGGAAUCUUCGUCGCCGCCGUGGUUCUGAAGUCGGCGGGGAGUUAA